GUAUUUUAUCCAGAGUACAAGUUUGGAGAUAAUAUCAACGGAGCCGCGUAUUGUGAUUGUGAUUGUGCGCUACGUCAUCAGCCGGUAGCCAAUCAGCAGGCUGGGUUUUGCCGCUGUUUAGACCGCCAUGUUUCAAGCACAGAGUGGCUUGUUUACUGUAGCCGCUAAUUGCGGCCUUUAACAACACCUACCUAACCUAGCUAGGUUUUCUGUCCUGUGUUAACUUAAAGCAUAUCAGUCAACGACAGCUUGAAGGAAAUUGUGAAUUAACACACAAUUAAACUUGUGUUUUAAAACUUUGCUAGCUAGGUAAGUUAUCGGCUUUUUUUUGCUUGUUGCAUUGAUUUACUGUCCGCUAACCUCACCGGCUUUUAGCCGCACCGCACCACUGGCCAAACUUUGUGCGAUGAAAUCGACAGUUUUAGGGAUAUGAAUGUUUAAUUCGGACACUAAAGUUUGUUCUGACAGUAACCAGCGAUGUCCAUCGACUUUGAUAGUGCUGCUUUACAAACGCAGCAUGAAGAGGAGGAAGAAUAUGAUCAGGAGGAUUACGCCCGAGAGCAGGAGCUGCACAAGUUGCUGACUGACCUUCCAGGUGAUAUGCUGGAGGACAGUCGGGACUCCUCUUCACCUGACCUGGACUACUCAACUUGCAGUCACCCAGGAAACAACAACAACAAGAGACCACAGCAUUUUUGUGGACACUCUGAAUGGUCUAAUCAGCCGCGGCCCCUUUCUGUUGAAGAUAAUCCUCAUGAUGGGUAUGAUCAGUCCCAUCAUCAAGGCUGCACUUAUGACAACACAGCAUCACAGCCAAACAGCCAUGUUCAUCACCUCCAGGGUGGGAUGGAUCAUCUACCGCAAGCCUGGGACGCACACCAUUGCGAAAACUAUCAGCAUGAGUCUGAAGACUAUGUCUACUCUUGUGAUAGAACAGCAGAGUCUGAUGGUGUUAACUUCUCUUCUGGUGAGGGCUAUGAACAGGAAACGUACCUACACACAGGUGGCCAAGGCCAAGGAAAGCAUGCGAUUGUACAAAACCAUUUUCAGAAUUUUGAUAAUGGAAUAACUGAGAGCAAAGAUGUCGAUACUUACAAAGUCAGCUACCACCCGCAUAAACCACCAAGUGCCCCAAAGAUGUUCAGCACCCAGGCGUCUCAUCAAAAUGGCCACUUUAACCAGCUUCAGAGGGAUUUCCUUGACUCAUCACCAAGUGCUGUUGAUGCCCAGGAGUGUGCUCAAGUAAAGAUUUUAAAUAAAGCUCAGUCAAGGCAAAUUGAGGAGCUGGAACAGAAACUAGAAGAUAACAGGCGCAAAAUGAGAUAUCUUGACCAUCAGUUUGCCAUUGUCAGAGAUGAAAAGGAAGGUCUGGCAGUGUCACUGAAGGAGUCCAGCUGUCUAAUAGAGGAGUUGAAGGAGAGGGAAUCUCAGCUAAAAGUCAAAGUCAGAUCUCUGGAGCAACAGAUCCAGGUCUUUACUGAAAGAGAACAGGAGAACAUGAAGAAGCAGCAUGCUGCACAGGCUGCAGUUGAUAGCAUGCAGCAGCAAAUGAUGGAGCUGCAUCGCUCAGACACGCUGACACGAGCGCGGGAGCAGCAUGACCGAGACAUGGCUGUCCUGAAGGAGCAGCAUGAGGCUCGAAUGCUGGCCCUUCAGCAGCAGAUGGACUCUCACGUACAGAACCUGGACCAGCAGGUGCAAGCAACCCAGAGGCUGCGGGAACAGGUGAGGCAGCUAGAGAAGCAGAGGGAGGCGGAGCAGGUGGACAGAGCUACAGUCAUCAAUGUCCUCACAAAGCGCCUGGAGGAGAGCCAGCAACAGUGUGCAAAGCUGCUUCAGACGGGCUGUGUGCAGGAGAUGAGCCAGAUGCAGAUAAAGCUACAACAGGCACAGUCUAGCCGCAACAUCAGUGAAAAUAUGAACCGAGCAUUACAGGAAGAGUUAAAUGAACUGAAGGAGCAGAUCACCUUCUAUGAGUCUGCUGUGAAGCUUGGAGCAGUUGCUUUUGACUUGAACACAGACUGGGAAAACCACCUAUCUGAGUCUUGCAUAGAUUUGGGAAUCAAGGCAGUUAAUAGGAACAAUGGCAGGAAUCACAGCACACCUGUGUUAUCAGACUCUAGCCUUCCUAAGGGGGACUUGGUGAGAGAGUUAAAGAAUGAGCUGCAGAGGUGUCUAGCUCAGCUGAAAACAAAGAGGCAGAAGAUCUCCCAGUUACAAGAGGACCUCAAGAUCUCACAUGACCAUGUGGAGCAGCUACAGAAACAGCUGGCUGAAGCUGAGAAGAAUGUUAAAGACUCUGCAGUAAGGGAACGCUGCCUGGAGAAGCACCUGGAGCCAUCCGACAUGGCUCCUCACAAAGAGCUCGCAAGACUGGAGGAGGAACGACAGCAGCUGCAGAAGAGAGUAGAGGCCCUAGAGACGCACAACAAGGAGCUGAAGCAGAGCGAAGAGAAAUUGAAGGCGGCCAACUGUGAGCUCUGCACAAAGAUGAGGGAGAUGAUUCAGGAGCUGGACCAGGAGAAACAAGAAGCUGCAGAGAGGUAUGAGAGGACCCAGCAGCAGUACAGAGAUGAUGUGGUCCAGCAUGUCCGUGCAGAACUCACCCAGGAGCACACCACUCAUGUGGAGCACCUCACUGCCCAACACCAACAGCACAUCCAGCAGCUGGAAUCUAAACUAGCAAACCUCAGUCAAGAGGUUUUAGCAGUGCAGGAAUGUUACAUUUCAGUUUGCAAGGAAAAGGACAAAUUGGAAGAAACCCUUCAGAGCAGGAUUGAUGAUGAGGAGAAGAAACUUGGAGAGCUUGAGCUAAAGAGAAGAGGUGAGGCAGAGGUGGCUCUGGAGAGGCUGAAGGCUGAUUUGGCCUCUCAGCACCAACAAGCUCUUGACCAGUUUAAAGCUCAGUGUACCAAAGAGAGUGAGCGUGAGAUCCAGCAGCAGGUGUCCAAGCAGCUGGCCUCAGCCCAGAAGAGCUGGCAGCAGGAACAGGAAGAGCUGGAGAGGAAGUGGGCAUGCAGGGUAGAGGAAGCCGUGGAGGGGAGUCAUAGAGCCCGAACUGCCACCACCCAGGAGGGCUUCUCUCAGACAGACAGCACAGAGACAGCAACCCUGACCCUCUCGCUGGAGCAACUGGAGGCCCGGCUCAGCGCCCAGAGAACAGCCCUGCAGCGAGAAGCAGACAGUGCUCUGGCUAAAGCAGUGGGUGAAGCAGUGAGACAGACUGAGGGAGAGCUGCAGCAGAAACAUGGGCAGGACAUGGCAUCACAGGUUGAAAGUGCUGUGUCAAGAGCGUAUGGUCGCUGGCUCCAAGACCUGACCUCGCUGCCGGAGUAUAAAGCCAGCCUGCAGACAGAGAGGGAAAAAUGGGAAAAACUCCAGCAGCAACAUAUUCAAGAGCAGGUAUCUUCGGCAAAAAAAGCAGCUGAAGACGUAUGGCAGGAGACGAUGGAUGUGAAAUGCAAGGAGCUGGAGGACUGCAUGAAGAGAAACCGAGAGCUUCAGGAGCAGGUGCUCUCCCUGAACACGCAGCUAGAAAAUGUCACUGAAGAGCGGGCGGCGCUCCUGGAAGCCGAGCUCUUUGCAGCCAGGACCGCAUGGAAUAGGGAGAAGCAGGAGGAGGUGUCAGGCUUGAGGUCCCAGCUUCAGAGGGAGCAACAGGAAAACCAGGCCCGGCUGGAGAGGAGCACAGAGCGGGCCUGGGAGGAGGCCCUUGCACAGAGCCAGGAGACCCUGAGGAACAAGGAGGAGGAGUGGAGGUGUCAGCAAGCACUCCGGUUGAGGGAAGAGCAGUGUCGAACCCAGGAGGAGGUACUGGCUGAGUUAAAGGAGGUGCUGAUAGAGCUGCAAAACCUGAAGAGGGAGGCUUUGGAGGACAGAGGUAGCAGGGACUUUGGGGUGAGAGUCAGGCUGAGAGACCUGUGUAGAGAGGCACUCUCCAAAGCGGUGGCCCACACCAAGCAGGAGUGUCAGAAGAGCAGUGAGGAUAAGUUGAGGCAUGUGCUGAAGGAAAGCCAAGAGCAGCACAAGAAGGAGCUCUGGGUGAUCAGCAACUUUGCGGCCCAGACCAAGGACGGUGUGUGUAGCAGUGUGGGCUGUACUGAGACUGUGGCCAAGCUCCAGAAGAGCAGUCAGGACCUUCAGAGGCACCUGGAGAAGGCCUGUCGCCAGCUGCAGCGCACUGUCCGAGAGCACAAGAGCACUCUGCACAAGCUGAAAGAGGAACAUGAAGAAAACUUGCGCAGAGAGCGGGAAGCUCAUGGAAAAGAACUUGAGGAGGUCAAGCUCACUAUAUGCAAAGAAUCAGGUGGUGCAGUCAACAGUCAACAGAAUCUCCAAGCUGGCCUUGAAGAAAUGAAGCAGCAAUAUAUGAAAGCUGUACAAAAAAUCAGAGGUGACAUGCUGCACUACCUACAAGACAGCAAGGUCAGGGCAGCCGAGCUGAUCAGAGCGGAGGUGCAGCGAGAGAGGCAGGACACAGCCCGGCGAAUGCGCAGCUACUACCUCACCUGCCUACACGAGCUCCUGGACGAGGGAGGGCAGACCACCGGGGCAGAAAAGAAAAUCAUCAGUGCUGCCAGUAAACUUGCAGCCAUGGCCAAAGUGUUGGAGACACCUCAACCCAAAAAGAAGCUUCAGAGGAAUCCUAAUGGUCAAGUACCAUUAUCAAAUCCAGAAACUAAUAAUGAACAUCCUACCACGGUGUCAGGGGCUGCUUCAAGCCAAAGCCUUCCUGUCAUACCAGAGAACCAUGAAGACUACGAGAAGAAUCAAGUCCGUCAGAUCCAUUCCAUUACUGAGACCAACCGUGACACCCAAACGGCCAAACUGAGAGAACUCAAGAUGGGGUUCAAGACCUCUCAGGCUGGCUUCCUCGGGUCUGUGAGGGGCAGUGCUGCUAAUGGGCUGGGGAUGGCUGAACAAGUUACCCCCAUGUCCCUCCACUACCACAGUCCCAAAGUCCUUGGUGCCUUUGCAUCAUCCAGUGUACACAGUGGUGAUAUUGGCACUACUAAUGUUACACUGAGAAAGCAGAGCAGGGACAUGUACCUAAUAGGGAAUGAGUCAGGGAAAGCCUUGACCCCGCAGCUGGCUGCAGACCCCUCCCUGGUUGAGGAGGCACCAGUGAGGGACGAUGGCCAGAGUGACUGGAGUUUAUCCAGUAAUGGCUCCACCUUUACCAACCAUGUUUACCUGACCACCUCCUACCCCAGCAAAAAUGCAGAUGCUGUAAGGCUAUUGUCGGUGGCAGGUCCCCAAGUUAAUGACCUGGACUUUGGAAGCACUCUAGGCGAUAACUCUGACGUGACUGUUUACAAAGAGAUUGUUAAAAAGCCAGCCUGUGUGAAACCAAAACGGGGCACAAGCAUUACAGCCUCUAAGGUCAGAGAACCAACUCCAGGAUCUGAGGAACAGAGGAUACAUAGACUGUGUCCAAAGAGCUUGUUCUCUGAAUUUAAAGUACGUCAGCAGGACAGUGGGUUUGACAGUCCUUUAUCCCAGAUUCAGAAAUGAAUGUGUGUGCGUCGGUGUCUCUGUCUUGCAGUUAUUUGACUGUGUAUUGUAUAUUUUGGAUUAUAAAUUCUCUGAAUUUCCUAAUUAAACUUUGUUUUUACCGUGUCUUCUAAAAUAAAACAUAGUAAAAUGAA